AUGGGGCUCAAGCUGUCCUGCCUGAAAGGCUUUAAAAUGUGUGUCAGCAGCAGCAGCAGCAGCCAUGAUGAGGCCCCCGUCCUGAACAACAAGCACCUGGAUGUACCCAACAUCAUCAUCACCCCCCCGACCCCCACGGGCGUGACGCUGCCGAGAGACUCCCGGCAGACAGUCUGGCUGGAUGAGACGGGGUCGUGCCCAGAUGAUGCAGAAAUGGACCCGGAAGCUUGA